AUGGGCGCAGCACCGUCGAUGGAUGCAGCGCGUCCAUGCAACAACCAGGACGCCGUCAAAGCACUUUUGCUAUAUCAUCAUCAUCUCGCUCUGCAAAAGUCUCCUGCCAAAGAUCAGCGUGCGACGUGUCCGGUGCCUCAUGGACCGCGCGGUGCUAUGGGCCCGGCGUCUGACGCGCCGUUGAACCCACUCAACAACAUGCCUGCCUUGUCGCAGGACCGCGCUCAUACACAAAAAAUGGAGCUUUCGCGUGAGCGCGUAGUAUCCUCUAUCCCACGUGCGAAGACAUCAGCGGCCCCAGGCGACUCGCCGUACGGCGCCCCGCAAUGCCCCAUCCCACAUGACCAGCGAAGUGCGCCGCGUCGUGAGGGUGCAUCGUGCCCUGUAUCGCAUGAAAAGGGCGAUGAAACGCCUGGAUACUGGGAGUAUCCAUCGCCGCAGCAGUUUUACAAUGCCCUCGUGCGCAAGGGCUGGGAGACGCCUGAAGAGCACGUGGAUAUGAUGGUGCUAAUCCACAACUUUUUGAACGAGCGCGCAUGGCAGGAGAUUGUGGACUGGGAAGCCAUGGCGGGUAGUGAUGUGUCGCAGCUCCAGCUGGCGCGCUUCCAGGGCCGGCCCGGCACACUCAGUCCGCGUGCUCGCAUGUUUAUGUGGCUAGCAUGGCUGUUCCCGGACAAAUUCAGCUCUGAGCCGCCCUUCGACCGGCAUGACUGGAUUGUGCGUCGUGGUCCGACCGAGGCCUAUCCUGAGGGCGAGGAAGUUCGCUACAUUAUUGACUACUACUCGUCGGAAGAAGACGAUGAUCCCAACAGCAACGAGGCGAACUUUAACCUCGAUGUGCGCCCUGCCAUUACCAACCUGUCUAUGGUGCAACUGCGCUGGAAAAAGCUGCGGCAAGAGUAUGAGUCGGGUGCGUUGCUUGCGCCGUUCCGUAGUGCGCCGCCACCGACGCCGCCCUCUGCUUAG